GCGGCGACAGCGAAUUCGUAUACGUAUAUUAGAUCACGUACACGCGUCCGGACGGUUAAUAUUCACAAACGUACGCACGCGAGACGCAGAUAUAUACAUAUAAUUCGUAUUUCUUGCCUGCUUCUCGGAGGUUGUCGAAGAUUCAGCUCCAGACCUCGACGGUCCAUAGAUGAUCUACUAAUCAGACGGCGUGGCCAAAGUGAUGAGCGUGGUGGACACGUCUCCUCCGGCGUGGUACACCUACUACCCACGACCCGUGGCCGCCGCAGCAAUAGCGCAUCAUCCGCGCGAUCCGUCCAGCAUGCGCGAGAAGCACUCGAGCCCGCGCAAGAUGGUAGCCGUUCCCGCCGUCGUGCCGUGCGUGUCGCCCAAGCAAGGCGCCGUGUACCCGACCGCCAACCAUCAACACCACCAUCAGCACCACCAGCAGCACCAGCAGCAUCACCAGCAGCACCAGCAACAGCAGCAGAACGCUCACCAGCAGCGGAGGGACCGCGACGACCGCGACCGCCGCUCGGACGACGACCAGGGCGACGAGGACGACGACGAUGACGACAUGAUGCCGUUUGACCUAUCGCGAAACGGAGGCAGUUCGCCGUCGUCGUCGCCGCGGUCGCCGCUCCGGUCGCAGCGCGGCUCGCCGGCAGCAUUCAAGCCGUACGACCGUCGCGUUCGAGACGACCAGCCGCUGGACCUGCGGGUGGACCAUAAGAAGUCGCGGCGCGGCGACGAGCUGGAGGACGAGAACCAGAAUCUGAUCAUCCGGACGCCGUCACCGGAGGACAUCCAGGUGGACAGCCCGGGGCCGCCGUCGGUGCACUGCUACGACGCGGCCACCCAGCAGCCGCCGCCGCAGCAUCGUGACCGGAACCACGACCGUAACGCUUCGGCUCACAGCCCAUGCUCGUCCGACAAGGACGUGGUGGUGACCGACGAUCGUCCACCGCCGACGCAGCUGCCGCCGCCGCUGCCACCAUCGCAGGCCACGUCGCACCGCAUCGGUCACCGCCAGCAUCACAACAACGGUCAUCAUCAUUAUCACCAGCUGCGCGUGGACGCCAUGGCCGCGGAAGAGGAACGGCACCACCGCAUGGUCAACUAUCCCGUGCUGUUCCCGCCACAACAGCUGCACCCCAUGAUGCUGGAGGCUAUUUACAGGGCGGGCGCCGCCGAGAAGUCGCGCUUGACGCCCUCAUUGGCCGGUUACCAGCCCGGUACCGGUGGUUACCACCGGUCCUCGCAGCACCACUACCCGUAUAUCAACCCGCCGCUGCUCAACGGGCACCACCAUGUACCGCCGCCCACUUACGACGUGGUCAGGCCACCACCACCUCCGCCACCGCCGCAGCCACCGCAACCGCAGCCACAGCCGCAAGUGGCCAGGUCCCCACAGCAAAAGUCCUCGUCCUUCCAGGAGACUUCUGGCAAGCCCAAAGAUAG